UCCUCUCAUCUUUAUGGGCAUGGCUGCAGUAAAUUCCACCAUGGACACAGAAACCUCUCCAAACCAGAGCAGCUGCGAUGUGUUUGUCUACCAACGAGCUGCAGUGGUCCUCUUCCCCAUUUUCUACUCGGUGGUUUUCCUCAUCAGUGUAUGCGGCAACAGCUUGGUUCUCUGUGUCAUCUGCCAGAGGAAGCAAAAGUUCAACUCCACCUCGAUUUAUUUGGUCAACCUUGCGCUGUCUGAUGCCCUGUUCACGCUGGCGCUGCCAGGCAGAAUUACCUACUACAUCCGUCACUUUGACUGGCCCUUUGGUGACCUUCUCUGYAGACUGACCACACUUCUCUUCUUUGCAAACACUUAUGCAGGUAUCGGCUUCAUGACCUGCAUCAGCUUGGACAGAUACCUGGCCAUGCUGCAUCCACACCGGCUGCAGUGUCUGCGCAGUGUCCAAUUUGUCCGCAGGRUCUGCUGCCUGGUCUGGGCUCUGGUGUUUUUGGAGACAGCUCCUCUGUUGUUCCGCAGUAUGCUUCACUUGCACGAGGGCAAACGCACCUGCAUGGAGUACUUUAACUUUGAGGGAUCCCACUUCACCCCUUACCUCCUGAUUCUGGCCUGCACCAUCUCGUUCUGCUGUCCGCUGACCGUCAUCGUGGGCUGCUAUGCCAAGAUCAACCUGAAACUGCGAGACACUGCCAAGAGGAACUCCAUGACAAGCCGGACUAGUCGAAACCACAGAGCUAACACAAUCAUUCUCCUCAUCCUUCUCACCUUCAUCAUCUGCUUCAGCCCCUACCACCUCAACAUAAUGCAGUUCAUGUUCAGAAAAAUAUUCCACCAGCCAACCUGUGACGAACUGAGAGUUUUUAAGAUGUCCUUGCAGGUCACGGUCUCGUUAAUGAAUUUCAACUGCUGCCUGGAUCCAGUCAUCUACUUCUUUGCCAUAAAGACAUACAAGAGGCGGGUGAUGAGCCUGUUUAAGGACUAUCUCUACACAUCCGGCGCCUCCUCCAAAGUGGCAGCUGAGAAUAGCAGCAGCAACACCUGA